UGGUGGGGAAGUGCGCAUAUUUUCUUUAUGCUGAUUUUUUUCAAUAUUAUCAUGAAAAUCUUUCGCCAAUCGGACGUACACCUAGCUAGUGUCGCGGUCUGCUCUCCCCACACACAGAAAGAAGGUGCGCCAAUAUCUUAGAUACACCAGGAUUUCUGGGAAAUCACAAGUAUUAUGUCACGCCUUGUGACAUCUGCAUAUAGCACCUGCAAUGGCACUAGAAUCACAAAGUUUCACUUUGACAUCUUCUAGUCAGUGGGCUAAAUCUUCAUCAGUGGGUAGCACACUCGGUCAAUUUGACUAUAGAUUAUAGGAGGAGCCAUGUGAAAUAUAAUAUAUUAAUAUGGAAAUUCCAGUUCCUACCGAGAACGAAACUGCUAUCCUGAAGUUUAAAGGGAAGUAGCCUAGAACAGAAAGCAUUUCCUCAGUUUCUGUUAAUGGUCUGCGAAAAUACACUAUAUCAUCUUGUAAUUUACCUCCACACUCACAGCUGAAACAUGAUGAAGAUGACCCCACUGUUUACGUUCCUCAUCCUCUCUGCAACCAAAGAGCUGGUCAGAGGAGGCUGUAUGUCAUGUGACUCUCCUCCAUCUCCAUGUAAGUCGUGUGUCCAACCUCCUGUUCAUGUCCGGGAGGGAGAGAUGGCAGUGCUCCAGUGCCCACUGCGGACCACCAUGGCAGGGCACAGGGAGGGCAACCUGACCCUGGCAUGGAGCAACCACUCUGGGCCUGGGGAGCUUCAGGAGCCUGCGGUGUGGAGGUCUGAAGACACUCUCGUCAUCCUGAGGGUCUCUCCCAACCAACAGGGGUCCUACUCCUGCUCUCUACUCGAUGCCAGUGGCCAGCCCCUGAGAACAGCGUGGUUUAACAUCACAGUGUUCUCUGGCCAGUGUUACACAGAUAUGGAUGUGUAUGUAUCCACUUGCUAUCUGAGACAGUCCUGUGAAAAGUUAACCUGCACGUCAGACAGCAUCCCACAAAACUUCACAAAACAUAAUUAUACGUGGUACAAGAACUGUGACACAGAGUUACCCUCUGACUUUGGCAAUGGAUACCUGAUGAGUGCUUCUGAAAAUGACAGUGGUUACUAUACCUGCACUUCAUACUACACAUACAACUCAAACCUCCAUGAUGGACAGGUGUUUACCUUGUCCAGAUCCAUGGAGCGGACCGUUAAAGAAGGAAGUUCCCAGGUUAUGCCAAAGAUCAUCAAACCUCAGAAUGGGGAGGUUAUUAAUGUAGAAAUGGGAUCCACUGUGGUGGUGGUCUGCAUGGCUGUCCUGUCCUCUGAAUCUGACCUCUUAUAUUGGAUGGAAAACAGAUCUUUUGUGGAGGAGAACCAGGAGACCCUACCAGUGUUUUCUAACACUUCAGAAGAGAAUGGCCAUCACCAGGCAUCGCUGGUGAUCAGGCAGGUGUCAGAGGAGCAGCUGAGGAACAGAUACACCUGUCAAGUGGAGUCUCCAUCUAGGAACUCCAACGUCUCCAUCAUCUUCCAACAGAAGAGUCCACCCCAGUUCCACUUCCUGGUGCUGGGUAUACUGGGGGUCUUUGCCGUGACGGUGGUGGUGGUGACUGUUGUCUAUGUCAAGCUGAAGGUGGACAUCAUUCUAUUUCUCAGAGAUGAUCUGGGUUGGCAUCAUCACAACGUCUCUGAUGGGAAGCGUUACGAUGCCUAUGUGCUGUGUUACAAGAGUGACACAGAAUCAGGUGUCAGUGAGGAGGACAGGCGUCAGGUGGAGGAGGUGCUGGAAGAGGAGUAUGGUUACAGCCUGUGUCUCUACGACCGUGACGUGCUCCCUGGGGAGGCGGUGGCUGAGGCGGUGCUGGGGUGUAUAGAGCAGAGCCGGAGACUGAUCCUGGUGCCCAGCAGCCUGGGGCUGAACCCAGGGCAGGACAGCCAGUAUAGUCUGCUCACUGGGCUCCAUGCUGCACUGGUGGAACGGCAGACAUGGCUGGUCCUCAUCCAGACAGAGUCAGCCCCAGACAGCCAGGUGGAUCUGGAGCUGGACUCCCUCCCUGAGGCCCUGCGGUUGCUGGCCCAGUCAGGACACACCGUCACCUGGAGAGGCUCCCACUCCAAACCCCUCUCCUCACCCUUCUGGAAGGAGCUGCGCUACCGUAUGCCUGCCAGGACCAGACGGCGCCCCCCGAAGGAUGAGAGGACCAUUCUGUGAUUAUAUAGGCUCCAGGGCAGGGUUUGGGUUCAGUCAAUUCACAAAGUAAACUCAAAUGAAAUAAUGGCAUCUAUUUUCAAUUAUUAAAAAAAAUAAAUAAACUUGACCCCAACCCUGCUCCGGGUGAAAUAAAUGCAUCUAACGUGAUUAAUGUGCCAUUUUUUACCUAUAAGAGUGAAAUAGUUUCAGCAACAGAAUGGUGUGGGCUUACCUCAGCAACAGAAUGGUGUGGGCUUUCCCAGCAACAGAAUGGUGUGGGCUUACCCCAGAAACAGAAUGGUGUGGGCUUACCUCAGCAACAGAAUGGUGUGGGCUUACCCCAGCAACAGAAUGGUGUGGGCUUACCCCAGCAACAGAAUGGUGUGGACUUACCCCAGCAACAGAAUGGUGUGGGCUUACCCCAGCAACAGAAUGGUGUGGGCUUACCCCAGCAACAGAAUGGUGUGGGCUUACCUCAGCGACAGAAUGGUGUGGGCUUACCCCAGCGACAGAAUGGUGUGGGCUUACCUCAGCAACAGAAUGGUGUGGGCGUAUACCGGUCAUUAAAAAUAUUAAUGCGACUAGACCGCUGAUUGGCGAGCUCGGCCAAUGAGCCAACAUUACGUCAUGUUCUAUGAGGAAAUAGCAAGAAGUGUAUUUCAGAUAUAAGUUUGGGGUGGGGUUUUUGUGUGUUUUUGUUUUCUCAAAUGUAUGCAUUGGCCACCAAUACGAGUAUAGGACAUUAUUUGGGUAGGAGUUAAUGGAAUAUGAACUUGUAAAAGUGAGAUUUUCACUGGACAGUUACUUUAAGACCCAUUGACUUCCAUCCAAAACUACCACGGCAUACUCUGCUUGUCCAGUGGACAGAAGAAUUGUCUUUCUCGCUCUACCUGUUUCUCUCUGUUACCAGUCGGGGGCCAGACCCCCCCCCCCCCCAAAAAAGCUUUAAGAGAUUCAAGGAAAGACCACGCACAGCAGCAGGUCACACCUCAAUGUACUUACGUGCACUCCCAACAAACAUGAAACAGAAGUGACAUUGAGAGGAAAUGCAUUAAUUCCUUGGCCCUGAUAUUUCAUAGGGCUGUAUGUAGGAGGCUGCUAUGAUAAGAAUCACAAUAGAAUCACCAAGUACAUUGACAUGAACCAGGAAUUUGACCUGGUGAAAUUAUGCUGACAACAACAGUAAACAGAAUGUCCAGACAGGAUAUAUAGAUGAAGAAUUAGCUCAUAAUCCACAUAGAAUGAGUAGAUGGGAUUAUGACAUGUAUUGAUGAAGUCAUUGACGACUGAUUACAUUUGUCUUGUUUUGUGUUAACUUAUUUGGUGUUUUAGUUCUGUUUUAUCUAGACAGUAUUAAUUAUUAAGCCUUUAUUUUGGCAUUUAAGCCUGGACAUACAAUGUACAUAGGGUCUAUGGGACCUGGUCAAAAGUAGUGGACUAUAUGGGACAUAGCCUCACUGAUUCUGUCAAAAGAUGUCAAACUAAGUCUUGAGAGGCUGUGCCAAAGCCUGUAUCAUUCAUUACAGAACAUAUCUGUCCACCCUACUCUGUUUGCAUGUAUUGGUCUAUAGACUCACCACUGUUCAGUGUUACUAAUGUAUUGACACUGUACUUCAAUAAAUGUUUUCUACUUGCAACAAA